GGGUGUCUUACGUCUUGCUAUGAGUAAGUCAGACAUAAGGAAGGAUCGGGUCCUAGAAGUCAAAUUCGUGGCAGAUGAAGAAGUUCUGCAGCACAUUUCCGAGAAUGCUGCUCCUAAAAUUCAGAAGAAGAAAGUUCCACCUGUACUUGAUGUAAAAAGAUGGGUGAAGGAAACAGAAGGCAACUCCAGUGAGGAGACCGAGGACAUUUUUGAGCAGCAGAACUACGUGUCUGUUCUCGGGACAGGCAUCAAAGGUGGCAGUGAUGUCUUCGUAUUCAGAACUCCGAAGAAUUCAAAAAAGAUGGCAGAGAAGGCCUCUGAGCUAGCUAACAAAUCAGGGAAGACAGUGAAACAUGUCAUAUCGAAUACAGCUCAGAAGAGAGAAAGCUAUCCUGAAAGCACUCAGAAGUCCUCUGCAUCAAGGCAAGGCCAGGUGGAGCGUAAAAAAAGUGAGCUUCUGUCAAAAACUGCUUACGGACUCAGGAAAAGAAUCGCAGCUUUAAACAGGUGCUCUGAUAGCGAGAGCGAUCAUUCCUCUUCGGAUUCUGAAAAGGACAGCGAUGAUAAUUGCAAAGAAGUGGCCGAUGAAGCUGCUCGGCAGGAAACGCCAGCCACGGCCCAAACGACGACCGCAGUUAGCAACAAGCCACCAGGAAAGAAACUGAAGAAAGGCAUUUCUAGCAAUUUGGUGGAAGAAUAUUUUGAAGCACACAGCAGCUCCAAAGUUAUAACUUCUGACCGAACACUUCAGAAGCUGCAGAAAGGAAAACUGGAUCAGGAGACCCUGCAGAACCUCUUGAAUAAAGUGCCAACUGCUUUUGCUGCUGAACGUGAAGAGUUAAACAAGCAACAUGAAUCCCUCUUUUACAAAUGGAUGUUGCAGUUGCACUGGGGAUUCAAUAUUGUGCUUUAUGGGCUAGGUUCAAAGAAAAACCUUUUGGAGAAAUUUCGCCUCUCUCUUCUUCAGGAUUCGGUUCAUCUUGUUGUGAACGGGUUCUUCCCCAGCAUCACUGUGAAAUCGAUUCUGAAUUCCAUCACAGAAGAGGUGUUGGAUCACACUGGCACUUUCCGCAGCCCCCAUGAUCAGUCGGACUGGAUUGUGAAAAGAUUUAAAGCAGAUCCUUCCUUGGAGCUCUACCUGCUCAUCCAUAACCUGGACAGCCAGAUGCUGAGAGGAGACAAAAGCCAACAGAUCCUGGGGCAGCUGGCAUCCCUUCCCAAUGUCUACCUCAUCGCUACUACUGAUCACAAUAACGCACCACUCAUGUGGGAUCAGGCAAAACUAAGCCUUUAUAACUGGUUAUGGUAUGAAACGACUACCUAUAGCCCUUACGUUGAAGAAACCUCCUAUGAGAACUCCAUGUUGAUAAAGCAGUCUGGGUCUUUGGCUCUGAGCUCUCUCACACACGUCCUGCACAGUCUCACUCCUAAUGCAAGGGGUAUUUUCAGGCUUCUGGUGCAGCAUCAACUGGAGAAUAAAGAUAACUCCUCAUACUUAGGGCUUCCCUUCCAGGAUUUCUACCAACAGUGUCGAGAAGCCUUCUUGGUCAACAGUGACCUGACUCUCAGGGCCCAGCUUACAGAAUUCAGGGAUCAUAAGCUCAUUCGGACCAAAAGGGGUGCUGAUGGAGUGGAAUAUUUAUUAAUUCCUGUGGAUGCUGGGACCUUGGUGGACUUUUUAGAAAAAGAUAGUGAAGUUUGAUGACCCUUCUGUUCUUUUAGAGCUCCCCUUGAAGAAUGCUGGAAUACUUCCUGCUGCGUUGCCAUUCUCAAACCUCAGGAGUCUCCCUAUAAUAAUGGAGAGAAGUACUGUUUAAGCAAAGCCAACUUCUAGAUCUGCUCAGGUUUCCCAUUCCAGAUGAUGUCUCUUUUCCUGCCUUUUUAACUCUAGACAAACAGUCAGUCGUCAAUAGCAAUGUGCCUUUUUUGUUCCUAAGCCUGCUGGGGGAAAAUGGCUUCAUAGGAGUAACUUAUUUCUUGCAAGCGUGCUUGGUUUGGCUGUCUGGUGGCCGGCAGUUCUAGGAGAGCCAGAUUCCCAGCACGGAGUCUGAACACGGACGGGAGGAAAACACGGACACCAGAGGAAAGGAUGUCUUGGAAUAGUAAAACUUUUAGCCUUAUUAAAAAAAAAAAACAUUAUUGGUGACAUCAGUAGAGAUGUAAUACUUUAAAAAUAGUUGUUCCUCCAAAGAGAUGUAAUACUUUAAAAUAUAUUUUUUAAUUGUGCAGUA